AUGCAUCUCAAGUCGCUUGUUGUUGGUGCUGCAUUGCUAAGCAACUUUGCUCUCCUCACGUAUGGACGAGCAGUAGAUCUACCAAAAUCCGAUGUCUCAGCCACGGAUCUGUCAAAUGCAGUGGUUCUUGCUCAUGAGCUUGAGCCACGUGCGUUCAAGAGCAUCAGGAAAAAGUAUGACGACUGGAAAGAAGAGAGGAAAGCGUCGAAAGAUAAGAAGAAAGAGAAAGAAGACGGCAAAACCGGGUCGGGCAGCGCUGCAGUACCCGAAGAAUUCGAGUUAAUGUCUCCCCCUGCAAAGUACACUGGUCCGGUACCUAGGGGUAUGGAGCAGGAUCCCGAGUUAUCAGUAUGGAACAGAUUCCUCGACCUCGAAGUCGAAACUGGCAUAAACCCCCCAAAGAAAGGCGGGUAUUUGAUGUAUUCUGGAGCAGAUGUCUCCAAGUUACAUACCCGAACUGACUUCAAGGCGAGCGCCGCCGAAGACGAUAAUAUCGGAAUUCUUAACGACUGGGAUGACACAUACGGGCUGAGGCCUGCAAACACUGUGUGGAAUGAUUACGUACAGGCGAACCCAGAGAAGAAAUCCGUGGUCAACUUUGCAGUCUCGUGGGCUCAAGCUCGUCGUGCCUCACAAGCCAAUCCCGAACUACACAUGCUAUAUGGCAGCAGGGAUGAGCCAUUGAUGCGAGACAGGAGCUACUUCGGUGCCGUUGAGGCCGGCAUUAUCACUGGACCCGAUAGUAAGGUCAACAAAAUCUGGAGAUACAACCGGGAAGAUGUCGUGAAAGGACAGUCACUGCCAGUACCGACCUUGGCAUGGGAUAGAAGCUUGCAUGCGCCGUUUGGGAAGAGUAUCAGUGAUUUGGAUUGGCGAGUUGAUCCAAAGGGGGAGGGUCAGCCAGAAGGGACCUUGCCGGCGGCGUUGCCGAAAUAG